AUGAUGCCACCUUCAUCGGUCGGAUGCGAAAAUACAUUAUUAACUCAUAAAAACAAUGAAAUCGUUUGCGAAAGUCAAAAUAAAAUUAAAUGUGUUUUGGUUGGUGAUGGACAGGUUGGAAAAACAUCUUUAAUUGUAAGUUAUUCGACCAACGAUUUUCCAGUAGAUUACGUUCCAACAGCUUUCGAUAAUUAUAAUGUUGUAGUUAUGGUUGAUAAUCAGCCAGUCAGUUUACAACUCUGUGAUACAGCUGGACAGGAUGAUUUUAAUUCGAUAAGAACUCUCUGUUAUCCUGAAACAGAUAUAUUUUUAGUUUGUUUUUCCGUUGUUAAUCCGAGCAGUUUUAAAAAUGUUCAAAAAAAAUGGGUACCUGAAAUUAGAAAACAUUGGCCAGAAGCUCCAAUGUUAUUAGUAGGCACACAAUCAGAUAGAAAAUCAGAUGUAAAAUUAUUAAAUCAAUUGACAGUUAACAAGGAAGUUCCUGUGAGUGAACAACAAGCUAAAGCACUUGCUAAUUGUUUGGGAGCUAAAGGAUAUAUUGAAACAUCUGCUCUAACACAAAAACAAUUAAAAGAUGCUUUCGAUAAUGCAAUCGUUUGCGCACUAUCAAGAAGAAGAAUGCUUAAUUUAAAUAAUAAUAAUAAUAAUAACAACAAAAAUAAUUAUGGCAGGUUAAAAAUAAAAAAAAUUGGUCCAAAUGGUAGAUGGAGAAAAUUAAUUUGUUGUUUUCCGCAAACUAGAAAAAUAUAA